AGCCGCGCAUCCGUGCGUCGCUUCUAUUCAUAAACUUUGCAAGGAAUCGGCCCAGUGACCGCCCGAUAGUCGUACGAUAAUACCGUGCCACCAACAAGUCAGCAUCGAUAAAUUAAAAUACAAGAAGAAGAGUCGCGUGAAUUCUACAAACGCACAAAAACGGUUUCCGGUUUCGAAAUCGGCCGAAACGGCGCGCAAACGGGUCGCCGACGACGAUAAAUCAAUAACGACAAUUGAACGCGUUCAGGUUGGCUGCACUGUGUCGAGUUUCAGCUGACGGCUGACCCAGAACGGGAUCGCCAGCGGAAAAAAAAUCCUUGAUCGAAGCUAUAGCUGUACCAUUUAUUGCGGUAAAUUUAUAACGUUACUGGUGUUAUUAUUAUUAUCGUACAUACUUUAGUGUGUGCGUGUGUACUCGCACGGCGCAGGGGUCGUCACUGGCGUGUACAUACUCGCUUUGCCGCAGUGCGACCGGACGACGUGAACUUUGACAAGCGUCAAUUCGACAAUGACAUUUGCGAUUAAUGCCCCUUUCGCCGCAACACCGAUUCGAGUAAUAUAAAAAUUGCAUUACGCUGUUAUGAUCAAGCGACGCCACCAUUAAGCGCCGUGCGUGUGUUUAGGUUUGCUGUUGAGACGGGUCAUGAGUGUCACCAUGGAACAGAACGGCGUCCUGGAUCCCGCGUUGGUCGGUCUCUUGGAAUCGUUGGAAGGGUCGCGAGAUGCGAUAUCGGCUUCCAAAGAGGAACUGGACUUCCUGUCCAAUCUGUUGCAGAGCAAAGAAUUGCACGCCUUGUUCAAAGUGUACAACACCAUUGUGGACCGCGUACGAGAUGACCGACGGUGUUCACCCGUCCUGUCGAGCUCCAUGCAAACAACAUUGGACGUCAUGGAAGUUCUAUUGCCGAGAAUAUCGCUGAGCGAUACGUCUAGGCAAUUAUUCCACUUGCUACAGAAUCCACACAUACAGGGGCUUUUGUGUGCACACGAUGCUGUGGCUCAAAAAGAUUACUUACCUCGGUUACCGGAAAUUCCUCAAGAAAUGGACGAGGACGAAGAGACAAUCAAAAUUGUUCAGUUGGUUAAAAGCACCGAACCAUUGGGUGCAACAAUAAAAACUGAUGAAGAAAGUGGAAAAAUAAUUAUUGCACGUGUGAUGCACGGUGGAGCUGCCGAUAGGUCUGGCUUGAUUAAUGUAGGAGAUGAGGUAUGUGAAGUGAAUGGAAUCAAUGUUGAAGGAAAAUCUCCAGCAGAUGUACUCCAAAUACUGCAACACUCCGAAGGAACAAUAACGUUCAAGUUAAUUCCAUCAGAUCCCAAAAACGGAGCACGAGAGAGCAAAGUAAAAGUGAAAGCCCAUUUUGAUUUCAACACAGAUGUUGAUCCAUACAUUCCAUGCAAAGAGGCUGGUCUGAGUUUUGUUAAAGGAGAAAUUCUUCAUAUUGUCAGUCAAGAUGAUCCAUAUUGGUGGCAAGCUCGAAAAGAGGGCGAUCGAAACAUGAGAGCCGGACUCAUUCCAAGUAAAGCUCUACAAGAACGUAAAAUUAUACAUGAGAGGCUUUCGACGGGUGAUCCAAAAAAGAAAUGGGUCAUGGAUACCGUUAAUGGGGGUUGUAUUGGUGGGGGCAGCAUGGCUUGUUUGCCAGACCGUUCAUCGGGUAGAGACUCGCUGUGCGGGUCACUGGCUGCGCUGAACGAUCUUGGCAACGACGUGACGUCCGAGUGUUCGGUACGUACACGUGUUAAAAAGGUUAUCUAUGACGCAGCCGAGAGCGACGACUAUGACCGCGAAGACAUUGCUACUUACGAAGAGGUCGUCAAGUUAUACCCAAGACCAGAACAGCCGCGUCCUAUUGUGCUGAUUGGACCACCUGGUGUAGGAAGAAAUGAGCUAAAGAGACGUAUUAUGGAAUUGAAUCCAGACAAAUAUCAUACACCAGUACCUCAUACUUCAAGAUCACCACGAUCUGGAGAAGUCAACGGCAAAGAAUAUAAUUUUGUUUCGAGAGAAUUGAUGGAAGAGCAAAUAGCUCGUGGUGAAUUCUUAGAGUUUGGUGAAUACAAAGGUAACCUCUAUGGCACAUCUCUAGAAAGUGUUAAGUCAAUCAUACGUUCUGGGCUAACUUGUAUCAUAAACCCACAUUAUCAAGCCCUGAAAAUGUUACGCACACCAGACAUAAAGCCUUACAUCAUUUAUAUUAAACCACCCCCAUUUGAUGAACUGAAAUCGACAAGGAACGCAGCAUUUGCCAUGUCUACGUUUGACGAGACUAAUUCUAGAGGUUUUACGGAUGACGAGUUUAACGAAAUUUUAAAAAGUGCUAAGAGAAUAGAAUUUUUGUACGACCACUGGUUUGACGAGACUAUAGUAAACGACGAUUUUAAAAUGGCUCUAGAACAACUAUUGGAAGCCGAUCAAAAGUUGAAAACGGAACCAUUGUGGGCACCCGCUGCUUGGUUACAGUAAAAAAUGAUUUAUAUCUAGUACUUGGUAGAAAGUGUAUUAUUGAUUCUAAUAUAAUCUACAUAUUUACAUAAUAUGGAACUAGUUGUAAAGAAAAAUAAUAUUACAUCAUCCACCGCAGCAGUAUUUUUUUGUCCUUAUGAUUAGAAACACAUUACUAAGUAUCGAAAGUACAACUGAUAUAAAAAUAAUAACACAUUUAAUAAGAUAUUGUUCUACUUUCUUAUAGAUAUAACUAUAUAAGUAAUAACAAUGAAAACAAAAUGACAAAUAUACAGUAUAAUAGUUAAUUAUUUAUGCUUUUAAUAUAACUAUAAUAAAUAUAAAUGUUCUUUACUAGAAUCAUCAUUAAAUAGGCUUUCUAUCAGUGGUAUAGUUUUAAGAAUACACUGUGCCGUACCCACCUCCCACAUUUAUGUAAGCAUGUGCCUAUAACAAAAAAUGAGUACUCUAUCCGCUGUUACGCGAUAUAUGUUUUGAGCACAUGCAUACACAGAAAAGUUAGAGAUCGGUACACAGUCUAUGGCCCUACGGUUAUAUCUUUGUCUUCUAUGGUUGUGAAAUAUAAUUUAGAUGUUAACUUUUACCCGUUUCUAGUCAACACUUGUAUUCAAAAAUAUUACAGUUAAUCUUCCAUUAGCAAAAGCCUUAAGGAAACCACAGUAUGUACAAAUAGUUUUCCCAAAAAUGUAAUUUGUUUCUCCAAAUUCUUAUAUAAUAAUUUUUAGUGUAAGUUGAGUAUAAUUUUUUUCCCCUAAAUUCAAAAUAAGUGUGUUAUUGCCAAAUAUAGAAUUAUAGGUACCAUUGUAAUAUAGUUCAAAUUUAUAAUAAUACCCACCGUUUAGUUGAUAAUGUUAUUGUCAGUUUGA